UUUUCUGCUGACUUGACAGUUGGGGUGCGGUUUUCAAGUAAAAUGACACUAGAAUGACUAAAGAAGACGGCACAGGUCAAGCUAUUGUGGAUGAAGUCACUAACGACUCUCCUCAGCUUAAAGGAGAAUCCCCACCUAAAAUAUCAGAUGCUAUAAUUCUAAAGCCUGCUAAAGGUAAUGUACAUUUCAAAAUACUGGUACCUUCAAUUGCUGCUGGUGCAAUCAUCGGGAAAGGAGGUGAAGCAAUAACAGAAAUCCAAAACCAAACUUCAGCGAAAGUAAAAAUGUCCAAAGCUAAUGCCUUUUAUCCCGGAACAACUGAGCGAGUUUGUUUAAUUGUUGGAACCAUCGAGAGUAUAUUACGUGUUUUUCAGUAUAUUUCCGAGAAAAUAUACGAAAAACCAGAAUCUGUACCGAAAACAGGUAGUGAAGGACGAGUACUUACUGAGAGACAUAAACAAGUCAAGAUUUUGGUCCCUAACAGCACAGCUGGAAUGAUAAUAGGAAAGGGUGGUAGCUUUAUCAAGGAGUUGAAGGAUACAACUGGGGUAUUCAUUCAAGUAUCUCAGAAGUCUAAGGAGCUUAACUUGGCUGAAAGAUGCGUUACUGUCGCAGGUGAACUCUCGCAAACACGCGAUGCUGUAGCAUUGAUUUUAAGCAAGAUUGCUGAGGAUCCCCAAUCGUCCAGCUGUCCAAAUAUAUCUUACUCCGAGAUAAUCGGACCAGUAGCAAGUGCUUAUCCCACCGGCUCACCUUAUGCUUUAGCAGUUGGCUCGCAUCCAGGAUUACCUGCAUGCGGAAUGGGUUUUGGUUCAGAUAUGCAUUUCAGAGCAGCAUCAGGCUCAAAUUCCAGCUUUUCACCUCCUCAUAUUAAUUCUCUUUCGCCUGUAAGCCCAACUACCUCGAAUCCAGCUUCUGGAUCCAUUUUCGGCGGAAGUUCCUCUCCAGCUGUUGCUGCUGCUAUGGCUGCUAUGAGUGCAGUUGCUGCCUGUUCUCCAAACGCCAAGUCAUCGUCUGCAUUAGUUCCAAAUGGUGGUCGAGCAUUGAUGGGUCGUGGUGUGGCUAGUACACAUUCAAGUAACCACCAAACUAUUACUCAUUCCCCUCAUAGCCUUUUAGGAUCUGUCGCGACACAUUAUAAUGCUAGGAUUUCGCCGACUUAUGGACCACCCAGACCUAUCUCUUCACCUAAUUCUGGUAUGGGUCUUGAGGGGAUACGUAGUGUUUUAAAAAGUGCUGGGUAUUCUGACGUAGCAACAGACGAGAUUGCUAAUGCCAUGGAUGUAUUGAGCCUAUAUGGUUUUAUUUCGAUGUCCAGCUUAACUGGAUGCAUUAAUUCUUCACCGAUGAUUAAUUCAUCUUCAAACAAUCAUUUUACUGUAAAUUCCAAUACGUUAAGUGGAUUAGGCAAAUCAUUUACGAACCUUGACUCGGGUGGUCAGCAAUCUCCAGUUUUGUCAAACAGUUUUCAUUCUAACGAUCUUUCAUUGCACAACUUUCGAAAUCUUGCGGCAGCAUCCAUACAGAAUUGUGUCCCUUCUCAACCCAGUCAGAUCUACACGCAUAGGCGAUCUUCGUUCUCUUCGUACCAACCUGUUAGUAUGAAUUCACACGCACGCGCAAAUCAUUUAACCGUUACAACGUGCAACAGUAUUAACAAUAAUAUUGAGGUCAUUCCAGUAAUUAAAGAGUUGAACGUACAGGACUCACUUUGCGCCUCAUCUGAUCCGACGGUUCGUGGAUCGGUAGAAAGCCAUAAUUUAGAUAUAACCACAGGUUUAUAUUCUAUUACUUCAUGUGAAAGAUUAAAUCCGAAAAGUUCCACCCAGUCUCCUGUUCUGGGGAUUCGAGCUGUAUCUCCUAUAUCCAAUAUUUCAAUACCACUUAAACGGAAUGGUGUGGUCACUGAUAGUUCUGCUAAUGGUUUAAUACCUCGCCGAGUUUCGGAUGGGAGUGUAGGUGAAGAGCAUAAUAAAAAGAACGGAAUUUGUUGUAGUACAGCUUCCAUAAAUAAUGACACUAGUCGAACGAAUAGUUUAUGGAAUUUAUAACAUUUAUAGGCAUCUAACUUUGUGUGUGUAAAUGUUUCUGUGGCACUUAACCUUGAAUUUAUUACUACUUGGUUUAUACUAUACUCACUAAAAAAAUACCUCGACUCCAUUGUCUUUGUUGUCAUUGCAUCAUCACUCACUUAUCUUAAUGUAAAAUUUAACUUGCUUUUUCUCUCAACGCACAUCCUCAUCUACAUUAUGACUAUUCGGCUUUGCAAUUCAAAAAUAAUUGUGAGUAGUACUUUUUUAUUUCGUGUUUUUAUUUUGGUUUAGAUUUUCCCGUUUUUCUUGUCUUUCCAAUUAUUAAUAUUGCUAUAUUAUUUCAACGUAUUGUUGUUCGUGUGCCUUCUACAAAGGAGAAUAAGAAUUUUAAGUCACAGAGUUGUUAUAUCUCUUUCUUUAUAUAUGGAACCAUGUGUUGUGCCAUGUUUUGUCUUCAUUUUUGACGUGACGUUCAUCAUUAUUAUCGUCAUCGUUUUUUUACUACGUUUGCUCAUCCUUUAUUCUUCACAGUUAAAUAAGAUAAUAGGAAACUCGACCAUUCGUAUUUACGACAUUCACAUUCAUAUUUAAAUAAUUCCACGUAAUCAUCAUACAAAUGAAACAAAUGCACCCAUUUCAUUGUGAACCCAAAGCUACCUAUAGAUGUCAUUUUUUUUCAUUUGUUGUCAGUUAUUUCAGUCAUAUUUUUAUGUCGGACCGGUCGUACCAAACGUUCGCUUGUCUUCCUUAUAGUCUUUCUCUCCGACUGACUUUAGUUAAUGUUGUGUUUGAUAUUAUUUAUUAUUACUACUAUUAUUAUGUACCUGCUUACUUCAUCCAGAAUGAUUUUUGUGAUUUAUUCUUGACUUGAGUUUCAUAGUUAUCAUCCUUUGUCACCCGUUGCACCUUUUUGCUUGGAAUUAUCCUGGAAAUGUACUAAUCUUUCAUAUUCAUCCAUAUUGCGAUUUUCCAGUGCCUCGAUACACAAACAAACCAUAAUAUAAACACAUCCAACUUAGUUUUAUUUUAUUGCGUGUAUAAACUAAAAAGUAUUCAAAUUUAUUCAAAAUCUGCCUUCAGAACACAUCAUCUCAAAACUAAAUUCAUCUUUGCUUUCUCAAAUAGCCUGUGAUAUUGUAUCUGUCAUUUUUCUGAGGUCUUCCGACUUCUGCAAAGCUAUGUAACUUUUUUAUGACAUGAACAAGAUUCUCUUAUUUAUGACAGACAUCAACGCCACUUUCAAAGCGUUUUCAAAGUAAGUAUCAUGGAAUUCAUACGUGUUAGUUUGCAUACGUCACGAAAUCAUACAUAUUUAAAAUUUCAUGCACAUUGUUCGGUUGGAGGUUUUUUUCUAAGUACAUUGCUAUUGAUCCCCUAAUAUCAUUACUAUUUAUUCGAGAUACUUUAACGUCACCUCUUACCGUUUGGAUGUUACACUCAUAUUUGUUUCUUCCGUCUUAAUUUUUUCCUGUUCCUUUCUCUGUCCACCUCGUUAUUCAGUUUCAUCCCUUUACUUCACUAACCACUAGUUGUCUUAAACUUUCCAACUGUUUUUGCUUGUUUGUUAUGCUUCUGCUUGUUCGCUUUCGAAAUCUAAAACUCAAUCUAUUUUCGAAAUUAUGAUAGAUGAUUUCCAGUUUGUUUCAUCCUUUUUUUUAAUUGCAUCGCCAGUUAUUCACUAUCACGGUUUUCUUCGAUUCAUUUAAGUGUCGAGUUUUGUAUGGAAUACAUGAUAUGCAUCGCACUUCACCAUUGGCUUUUGUUUUUCUUUUGACCUCGUUUAUGAACAAGUUAAUGUAGUUGUUGUUGAUGCUCUAAAACAAAUAGUUGAGUAUUGUGACCUAUUGUCGUUUGUCUCGAUAGCUAAAGCUAUAAUUACAUUCUCAAGAUUGGUUUUAGGUCAAGCGUUUCACCGAGAUUCCAGUUACUGCUGUUUGAAGUACCAUUUCAAAUUUUAAGAAUAGUCAUUUUUACUCAGGUUUCCUAAGCAUUGUUUCUAUCUGAAUCAUGCGAGAAGUUACUUUGGGUCUUUUGAUGUCAAAAAUAUCUAUUUGAGAAUAAAUCUAUGGAUGAAAAGUGAUUUCGAUCUCAAACUAGAGGUUAAAAAAACCAAGCGACGAAAACACAAAAUGUUGCUUCUUGACAACUAUCCCAUAAAAUCUACGAGAAAUUUCCAUGCUGAUAAUAGCAGAUUUUAAGAAAUAUCCUUAAAUGGAAGCAUCAAGAAAGAUAGUAAUAAUACAAAGUAAAAAAACAAAUGUAUUAUCUCGUUAAGUGCAUCUAGAAUUCCCAAACUUGUAUUGAUAGUUCGCUGUUCAUAAUCAAUCUAUGCUAUUUUAAAUAAAAACAGUAGCAAGUUGAUUUCUCUGGUGAACGUUUGACUAGAAUCUAACAAUUGUAUACUAGGUUAUGCUCUGAUGGCUCUCACUUUUCAUUUCCGAUUGGAAUAAAAGUCCCUGUUUCUCCAUCACGAACAACUUCACUUGGCUGGUAGAACUGACCAUGCAUUGCUAUGAAAAUUCCUGGCUUCUUUGACAUUAUCAGUCCACCAAUUGCAAAUGCUACGUUGAAGUCGGCAUCUGUAUUUUUGAAUACACCGGGUCGAAAAGCACCUAGAUCGAAAAGUUGUGGAUUUUAGUAACGUAAAUCGAGUUAAGAAAUUUUAAAUUACCUUUUAAAAACUCGAAGACUAAAUCAAGUGAAGAGUAUACAAAUGGGACUUCUUGAGAAUUAAUAUGACUGGGUUUUGUCGCUUGUUUCUUUUACAAUGCUACUAGAGAAUUAAGUUUGUAUGGGUUUUACACUUCACUCAUGUUGUCAAUUCACCAGUACUGCUCUCCAGCACUGAUUAGGUUUACUUAAAUUAAUGCAGUUUAAGCGAACAAACUACAGAUCUCAAUAAAUGUGAUUCUACAAACGAAAUGGUAGUUUAUUUCUUAUGAUUAGCAGUCACUCUGCAAAUAACUCGAUGUAUAUAUAUAUAUUUGAAACAGCACAACAGUAUGAUUGGUACUGUUAUUAUUUGUUGUUCUCUCUAGAUAUCUUAUAGACUUUAUUUUACUGAUGAUAGUGGGGCGAUUAUAGGGGAUGUACAUUUUUGUCAAAUCAUGACUGAAGUGACCAUAUUGGUGGAAAAUCAAGAGACAUCGCAUGUGAAAUUGAUAUACCACAUUAGUACACUUGUUUAAGUUAUUAAAAUAACUGAUCUUAAAUCCAAUGCAAUCUAUAAUUAACAGUUCAGUUAUCAAAGAAGAGAAAUUUAAAAUUACUAUUCCUAAGAGAUGAGCCAUUUAGCAAAAUGAGAAGAAAUCUCAACGCCUUAGAUACCAGUGAGCACGUAUGAUUUUAAAAAAAUAAUAAAUGUCAGCUACUACCCUGCAUUUAAAUCACACUUUGACACUACAUACUUGUAUGGAUAAUGAACAGAUAAGGUAUGAUGUCAAUAUGUAUCGUCACUUUUAAACGAAAGAAUUACAUUGCAGAAGCUUGAAUUAUAUAUAUAGUACCCAGUUAUUAUUCCGAUCUACUAACAAAUGCGACGAAUGUUUAGAAAAUCUUACUCUGUUAGCUUGUCGAUUUGUAACAUAAUAUAAACAGGUCCUAUCUCGUACAUGAGGUAUGACUGUAUGGUUCAAAAUCUGAACAAAUUAUUUAACGUUUGUGGUGUUUUCGAAGACUUAUCCCUCAAUGUGACAUCGAGUACAUCCUUCCUUUUAGCAGCACAUUGUUGAUGAAGGCACUCAUUCUCAUUAAUAUAAAUAUGAAUCACAACGCCAAGUACAAAACCGUAAUUGCUAGGUAAACUUCAUCAUCCAUAGCAAAAAGACAUUACAUUCUAUGAAUAUGAGUAAAUAAGGGUUGCAAAUCAUGAAUGUUCAUCAUAUUGAUGUCCUUUUCUCACAUUAGAAUGAAAAUCAUAUUUUUGUGCUAAUAAUUACUAUAAUGAUUAUAUUCUAGCAAACUUAAAUAGAAUCUGAAGUUGAUAAGGGUCACUAACUGAAACACAAUCCCUGAAUAACUUUAUAUAUCACGCACAUGUCAAAAAUCACUUGUUUGCAGAAAAAUGAAACAUUCUCCAAGUCAAUCAACGGAGAAAAUCUUCUCAAUACGUUCGUCAAAAAAUAAACUAGACAAUGUACCUGUUAUCACAAUACAUUUGUUUUUAAGCUUCUCUUCAUAAUUAGUUAAAUACUGUGCAGUUUCAAUCAUUGUAUCCGUUCCAUGAGUGAUAAGUAUCUUCAAUAACCAGAAAAAUUAAUAACUGCUUAUUUGGAUGUCACCUUCUCAAACUGAGUAUCAAUCAAUAAAUUAAUAAGUUCGGAUCUAUCUUCCAUUGAGAUUUCUAAGCUAUCCUUUAAAAAUGGUUUGGUGAGUUGAAAUUUUAUGUAAUCCGGCAAUGUAUAUCUACUGCAAAUCUCCAUGGCAUAACUAUUGCCGAUUUCAAAGGCAUAACCCCCAAUAUUUUUAGGAUAACACUUAUCUAUUGUACCUGGAAGCGUAUCAGUUACAAGUUAAUUUAACUUCACCUCCUGUUUGAACAAUCAAAAUCUCCAUUUUUGAGUUUAAUAUUAAGAAAAUGACUUAAAUUAACAAUUAAAUCAAUAUGAACUGUGAUCACUAUGUCAUUCAGCCAAUCUCAAAUUUGAUGGAUCGUAUAAACACUAAUCACAAUCAUUUAAAUUAUGGGCUAAACAAUUUAUUCACUGAUUAGAGCUCAUGAAUUCACUUCAUUUAAAUUAAAGUACUAUUCCCACUAAACAUCAAGAUGAAAGUUGUUUAUAUCAUUCGAAAAUUAACGGUUAACUUUAUUUUUCAAUUAUUUGUUAAUUCCAUAACACUAUAUGCUAUAUACGGACAGAUUCAAAUGGAGUUAACUGAUUCGAGUGGAAUGAAUUCUGGGAUGGGAUAUACUAAUGUCGUGCCUGGUGAUUCUAUCCAAGUUACUCAAAUGGGUCCAAAUGCAAUAACUACAUCUGAUUCAUCUCAAGUACCAACACCUGUUCAAAGUACAGUUUCUGUAAGUGCAGAAAAUGCAGGGGGUGAAGAUUUUGCAGCUGGAACUCGAAACUCAAAUAUCCAACCAGCAUCUUCAGUUGUUGGAAUCUUCCCAUCAUAUCGUCCGCAAUAUGGAUUUCCAGGUUAUUUUCCUACUGUUCCCCCAGGGAAAGGAAUUGUACCCGGUAUCAACUCACCAUCAGACAACAUAAUUGUUGCUUCUUUCCCUGGGGGUACUCCAUCUGUCACACAGCCAGGAAAUGCUGGAUUUCCAGGUGGAGUUUUACCAGUUACACCAGGAGUAAAAUCAGGGUCUUCAGUUUCUACAACUGCCACACUUACUCAGCAAACUGUAGAAUCUGUUUUGUCAUACCUAGCCUUACAUCAUCCGGAAAUAUUUCGUAAAUAUUUAUAUCCUAAGCCCUACCAAAGGCCGUACAUCGGUAGUUAUGUUCCAAGAUGGUUGAGAGAAAUUCCACCUCCGUACAAAUAUGGUGAUGAUGGAGUUAACCAGCCAUAUGGGGACGCCUAUCAACCUGAUCCUUAUGAUUACUAUGAUCCAGUUGAUUCAGACCUACACUAUUGGCCAAGAAGAAAGAAACCAUUGGGUGGGCUAAGACGUAGGAGACGAUACAACAUAUAUAGACGUUUUACCUAAAAACAAAUUUAGUAGUACUUUUUGAGCGUAUACUUUAAAAUAUGUGCACAAUAAAACCGCUGUAUUCAGUGUACUCGCUACUCGUUGCGUUACUGCAGUUGACUCGUUUUCUUCUCUUCCCCUCAUGGCUAUAAUUGCUUUUAUGUUUCUCCGCACUUUUCGUUCUGUUUUGUGUCUGUGAAUAUGUGUUUUGUCUUUUAAUUCUUGCUGGGCGGUGUAAAAUUUGUUGGUUCUUUUUGCACUUCUAUUUAUCAAGUUAGUCAGUCCUAGAUUUGGUUCAAUAUUCGUUGGGAUCAUUACCCAUAGGUGCUAUAUAUGGUCACAUAUUUUUGUGACUAUCGUUUAUUUACUUAUCGCUAUCAAUCUAUUUAUUCACCUGGAGAAACGAUUGGAUUACAUUUUUAUUGUAAAAAAUGGAUUUUUCCACAUGAAAAGUCAAUCUAGUGAAUUUUCACCAGAUUAUCUGCCAAUCAGUUAUAAUAACAUUCAUAAAAGUAGUGUUCCUGCUAUUAACACUACACAUCAUGGUGACAAUAACAGCAGUAAUAGUAAUAAUAACGUUUUAGCAUUUAAUCAAUGUUCAUCCGAUAUUCCACAACCUUUAAGCAAUCUUGUGAUUCCUUCAGUUUGUAUAGCACGUAAACUUAUUUGGUGCAAUCAAAAGGAAGUUGCUGAGCUUUUGCUAGGAGCAUGUGUACACCCCAACUGGCUUUCAUCAGUUAUUCAAGUUCGUCCUAGAAAUGGUUCUAUUAUUUUUUAUCGACGAGAAUUGGCCACCGUAGCACGUAAACAAGAUGGUUAUUUAUGGAAAAAGAAACCAAAUCGACGUACUACUAAAGAAGUUCACAUGGUCCUUAAAGUUCAAGGGAUCGAGUGUAUUAUCGCCAACUAUGCACAUUCCGCUUUAAUCUCUACGUUUCAUCGACGAACCUAUUCAUUAAGAUUUAAUCCUUCUAUUGUAUUAUUUCAUUAUUUGAAUGUACCCUUAUUAACUCAUGAGAAUAAACUUUGUUUACCAUUACCUAAUCUAAGUGAAAAUGAUCGUAAUGAAUUAACUUAUGCUCAACUUGUUGAACAGUUAGUGAAUAUGUUUAAUAAUUUCCCAAAACAUAUCAUGAAGCCUGGUGUUGACCAAAUUCUAAAUUUCGAUUUAAAUUUCUCUAAUUUAAUUCACAUUCUGAGUGAUCAUAUUUGGAAUUCAUCAGUGAAUCCGAAUUCCCCUCCAUCAUCGUCAUUAUCAUUUCUAUCUGAUAAUUCAUAUAGAAACAUAACAAGUAGCAGUGUUGUGAAGAGUAUGUCUUCACUACAAUCUGAUAUAAAUCAUCGUCAUCAUCAUCAUCAUCCGCACACAGCUGUAUUUCUCCUUAUCACGCCCAAAUUAAAUGAUAAUUAUCAGACAAAUUUGGAAUUAGUCUUUUCGAAUAACAAGUCGUCUUGUCGAACAAAUCCUCAUACGCGAAAUAUUCGCGGGUAUCAGUUUUCAGAUAUAAUUAAUAACAAUAAUAAUGAAAAUAAUGAUGAUUACAUUCCAUUCAUAUUCUCUUCUUCAAAACCAAUAAAUAGAUAUUGUCAAAACAAUGAAACUUCUAAUUAUGAUAAUAACAAUAAUAUUAACUCAAACAAUAAUGAUAGUAAUCCAGACAGAGAAGUAGAGGCAAUUUCUUCUGUGAACCAGUUAUUGUUUCCUAAUGAUAAUAAUAAUAGUGUAGAAUCUAAUAAUUUGCUAUCUGAUGUUGUAAUUAAUUGGGCUAAUGAUUAUCCCUGUUCAUUAUCACUAACAAUGAAUAACUUUGAAAAUUUUAAUACAACAAAAAGCAUCGAGUCAAAUGAUAGUCCUGAUCAUCAAAAUGUCAAUGAUGUUGUUAAUCAUAAUCAUCAGUAUGUUAAUACUGAUGGUAGCACACAUUCCAAUGAUAACAUCAUCACUACUUCUACUACUACUGCUAAUAAUGGUAAUAAUGAUUAUUUUCAUAUUAAUGAAGAAGAAGAAGAAGUAGUAGUAGUAGAAGAUCCAACUAGAAUAACACCCAUUGAAAUAGGUUAUUCUGAUGAAUUAAUAAAUUUCACUGAUUUAAUCAUCACAUCAACAUCAACACCUUCACCAUUUAUCUCAACUUAUACUGAUGAAGACUUAGGACUUUUAUCAAAUGAAUUAAUUACUGAUAAUAAUCUACUUGGAAAUGAUUUUACAGCGAUAACAACCACAACAACUGCAAUAAAACCCACUAGCAAAAUAAUCAAUAAUGACUGUAAUGAUUGUUGCUGUGUAACAGAACAGCAUCAAUCUAAUCAUAAAUUCUUUUCAAAAGAACAUGUUUCCAGUGAGUUGUCGUCUAGUAAUUUCAAUGUUCAUACAAUAACUAAUAAUAGUAGAUAUGCUGUACAAAUUAAUCAUGUUAAUAUUGAUAAAGAAGUGAUAAAAAACAAUCGGUUCAAUAAUCCUAUCAGUGAAAUUGAUGAUAAUUUGAAUCUUGAAACUUGUAAGAAUAUCUACUCAGCCAAUCAUCGUUUACCUCUGAUAACAAAUGUGUAUGAACCUGAAAAAAACGAAAGUUUUGAAAGCGCACAAUUUAAUUGCCAGCAAGAUGAUGCUGCUUGUAAUCCAUUCAUAUCUGAUGGAGGAUACUCAGAGUACAGUUUUGGUCGGUGCAGUAAUAUAGAUUUGCUCAAAUUAAAGCUCUCAGAUGAUCUAUUACGUUGGAUAGUGUUUAUUCGCUUUAGUUCAUUAGCACCGGGUAUUCAUUUAUACAUUGACAUUGAAGAUGAAUUCAUUUUAUUACCAAAUCAUAAAUCUAGAAUAUUUAGCAAGUCAUUUGAUGAAUCUAAUUAUAAUAGUACAUCAAUUACGUCGAAACAUAUGGAUGAUAUACAUUCUGACAAUGUUUCGAAUUCAAUGCCUAUAAAUUAUUUAACAAAUAACUUUGAUGAAUAUCCUAAGUUGAAUAUACCACUACGACAUGACCAGUGUGCAGAUAAAUUGGAAAUGUAUUUAAUUCUACAACUAGUCGAAUGGAUGAAGAAAACAGAUAAUAUUAGUAAUAAUAAUAGUGAUAGAACAAAUCAAAGUUCUGUCAGUUACUUAUUAGAAGCUGAAAAUGAAUUUGAUGAGUUUAAUAUUCAACAAUUACAAGAACAAAUGACUUCAUUGAAGAUAGAUAUUUCUCUUUUAAGUUGUGCAGCUGCUUUGGGGUUGCUUUGUUUUAGAAUAGAUUUUUGUGUUUGGAAAACGUUCAUGUUAAUUGCUUAUUCACGUAACACUAUGUUAGGAUUUGUACAUUUGAACUCUGUUAGGAAGUUUCUCUAUAUGAUUAUCACUGAAACUAAGGAAAACCAAAGAAAGUAUAGGUAAUAUAUUUGUGCAGUCAUCUAUCUUUUCAAAAAAUAAAUAAAUUCUGGACUUUAACGCAUUUAUUUAUGUCUUCUUAAUGUGUUUAAUCAAACUUGUGGAAGAUCAUCAGUUUUGACGUCAUAUUUAGACGUUUUCAUAUUGGGAAGUCUCACGUAAUCACAUACAAAUUGUUUGGCUUGUUUUUACAUAUACUAAUUUUGAAGUGAAUGAUUCUUAGCGUUAGCACUCUAGAAGUUAAAAAGCCAAUAUCUGAAGUGUACACACUGCUUAAGCGUGAUGGUCAGAGACGAAAGAUCGAAUAACCUGAGAGUGAGGCAUCUGAAAAGUUACGUAGCAGAUCCAAACUGUAACUGAAAAGUACAUACAAGAAAUUGGCUUAGGUAACUUUGUUAUAGAGGAAAUGAAAGAUAGACUACCAGCAAGUUGAAUAGACAAUCCAAGCAAUGUCAAAAUUAACCAGAAUGAAAAAGCAAAACCACAAAUCGAGAAAGGAAAGCUCAUAUACAAAUACCUCAAUGAAAACUGCAAUCGACUAUUUUCUACCUUUAAAGAAAUGAAUAGACACCCAAAAAUACGAUCACAGACUGACCAAAACACCACCAGAUCAAAAAUAUACAAGACUGCAGGAUGGGUAACACGACACAUACAAUCAUGUGAUCCACAACAUAAACAAAGUACACCAAUCACACAUACUAAAAAUCAUACGAACACCAGCUCACAAAGCACCUCAACUGACUAACACCACUACUCUUUCAAAGACUGUAAAAAGACUUCCAACCCUCAAAGGUUUAAUCAAUCACUUUUUUGUAGUACAUAGAUUAUAAGCAAUCACAGGACAGGAAAUAAAACCGAAAACGGAAAAAUUCACUGCAGAAACAACUUUUAAGCCUAGGCAGUCGUGCUGCGCUUCCAUGUGUGCUUCUUCAGAAGUCCCGACCGAAUUCACUAACUAUAUUUGGUCAGAAAGGGUACCUUGAGUAUUUACUCUUGAGUUUUCAAAGACCUGUUAAAAUUAAUUGACUUACCUUCCCUUUUAGACACCCUUACAUGAUAGUGCUUGCGUUUAGAAUCGCAUUGUGUAUGAGGUCGAAAUAACCUACUGCAAAAGAUCAAGUAAAGUUGGUCGAUGCCCAUCGAGCUAGUCCUAAGUAUUAGUCUUUCCUUUAUGCAUCCUGAGAUCAGGUACCUAGUGGACCCGGUUAAAUAAAGGAUCCUUCUCGGAAUUUUUCAAGAUCUCUGCUGCUACAUACCAUUUGAAUUAUAUUUUCAUAAACAAAAGCUUUUUCAGUACUGUAAAGUUAUUUUCCCCUUGAUAUUUUUGUUUCAGCCUGCUGUUAGUUACCUUUCGAAUAUUCAUGCAAUUAAGAAGAGAUAACGUAACGGCACUACUCUUCUGUCUUAAAAAUUGCAGUAACUAAUAUUGUAAAGGGUGUAAGCUACUAUGGAUUCGAAUGCCGUCAAUCUUAAACCAAGAUUUUACUGUUAACAGUUCGAACAAAAGACUUUCCUUUAUAAACCAAGAGCUCCUUUAAUUAAUGGUGGUUUAAAUGGCUUGAAAUUAAGCUUCCAUGUAGGUUAGUUCCUAUAGAUUCAUAGCGCUUACUAUCAUACAUCUAUUCAAGUGCAAAAUAUCAUACGUUGUUAUCAUGCACCAGUAUAUAAUGAUAGUCGAAAUUCCUAAAGCUCUAAUGUAUCUUAAUUUUUCAAUCUGAAGCAACGCUAAUUUUUUAGAUCUCUAUAACUAUUCAUUAUUAAAAUAGUAUGUAUGUGUUAGAAUAUUAAUGCGAAUUAUGAUGAGGAAAUUAAAUACGUAAUUUUUGUAAAUUAUGUAUAUGAUUAUGUAGUUGUUCGCAAAAUAGGGAUAUUUAAUUGUAAAAUUAAGUUGAGUAAAGUUGAAUACAAUUAAGAUCAAGAUCAUGUAAUGUGUUUAAUAAUAAAGAAGUAUAAUAUGGAAAAUCUAGACUUAAGUCUGAAUAUUUAUAAACAUUACAAUCAAGUUAAGGCAAAUCAUAUAACAAGUAAUUGUGAUCAUAGAAUACGUCCUAUGAUUCUUACCAUACCUUAGUUACUUGUAAAACCCUGGAAGUAAAGACGAGAUUUGUCUCGGAAUACGAUACUAUCAGGGUGAAUAACAUGAGCCUUAUGAGAAUUUUCAUCUAUGUUUGAAAGAAUAGUUUAAAAAAAUUUCAGUUGAAAAUUAAUGGAAGGCGUUAAAAGGAAACUGUUUUCGUGAACUUCUCAGAAAUUGAAAUUAAAAUAAGUCCAACAUCUCUCGCAACAAUCUGGCCCGAGCAUCUCUAGAGAAAUAUUCAUAAAUCACAAUAAUCGAUUAUGAGUAGGCUUCCAAAACAACUGUUCAGCUAAACCAUUGUCCAAUCAUUUUUAAGUUGUUGAGUUCGGGACUUAUUAAAGUGCAAAUGUGAAUGCGAGUUAUUGGUGUGAAAUGUAGUGAGAAUAGUAAUAACUGAAAAAGAAGAAAUAUGUUUAUACGUGUGCGGAUCAUGUGUGAAUAAAUCAUAGACUAAAUACAUAACUUUAAGCCGUGGUCGUGAAUGAUAGUAUUCAAUCCAUAAGUCAUAAAACUAGUUGAACAUACCUCAAACUAUUGAACACUAAUUAUUUGUAUACCAUAUACUUGAAGAGCAUCGGUGUGAAUGUUUGGUAUUAAAAAAAAAGAUUUAACAGUGAGAAAAUGCACAAUGAAAAACGACUGGGUAUAAAAUAUUUGAUUAGAAGUUUCAGAUCUAAAGAAAAGUACAGAUCUUGUUUGCACCAGUAAAAUAGUUUUAAAGCUAUCGUAAUUUAAAUGUGAAGUAUCCCUAUACCAUCAAGCUCUGGGAAUAUAUGACGGAAUCUUAUAUAUGAUACCAAAUGAAAGGCGCGGCGCUAAAUAUCCAAGUCUGCUACCCUUUGCAUAUUAAAGGAUGUGUUGUCAGUUACUUAGGUCGUUAUACUUCACUAAGAAAUCGUUACUGGGAUGGGGGCAGAUUGGAGUAAUUCUGUUGCAUUCAAACGAAAACGAUAUAGCUUCAUCGGUAUAUUCUUUAGGCUGUAUUAGAAGAUCCAAACUUUCUAGUUGUAUCCGCGGUGCAAUCGUAAUAUCUGAAAAAACUGUGACGACGGACCACCGGUGAACUCGAGGAAGCUGUAAGAGGCUCAGAAGGAGCCGAAGACGUCCCAUCCAAUCACCUUUCGGAAGAAUGUGUCUAGAAUUCCAACGUGUAGCUUCCCAAUUGGAUAAUGCUAAUAACCCCCUGUAUGCGGAUUGGAAGACUGUAAUGAUGAUUUCGUUCUCACUAAAAACUAUAAAUACCUGACAAUUUUGUACUAUGAUUGACACUAUUUGGAAUAAUAUUCCUUUCAUUAGUCUUCUGUCUUCUUAUUGCGACUAGGAAGGGUUUUGGUGUUUUAGUGCUCUGUUAUACACGGUAGCAUCAAGAAAAAUCAACUUUUCAAGAUAUAACAUUGGCGACGGGGUAGAGAAAAUUUUGAACCCUGUAAUUGGACGAGAUUCAGCCUAUCUAUUUUGACCAAUCAGUAUCCAGAUUUGUCAUCGGUGUCCUUGGAAGUCAUUGGUUGUUAAUUGAUCACAGUAUUUCUCACUACCCUACUGAUUCAGAAAAUGGCUAUCCUUCCCGAUCAAUUGCAGCUACUACUAGAACGCCAGCAGCAGCGUUUCAGAGAGAGCCAGUCGAAUGUUUUGGACAAUUUACGUACGCGACUGCUAAAUCUCCCAUGUUUCGGAGAUGUGAAAGAAAUUGAUGAAUUGAUUUCUCACUUGCAUACUGAGCUCGAAAAUGACUGCAGGACGUAUGAAUAUGAAAACAAAAGCCUCUAUGAAUCCCUGAUGAUCAGUAAUGCAAACGAGGCAGUCGCUCAUGAUCCGUCCAGCGAUCCAGAAUUGUCCAAUUCACAAGCAUGCCCUGUUGUGGGUUCAAAUCCCACUGUGCCUGAAACAUGUGAGGUAUCCAGCUUACAAGAAGAACCCUUCGUGCCAGAAAAUAUUUCCCGUGCAUCAAAUAAUGGUCAGAAAUCUAAUACGAAUUUCAAAGAUGCUGUUUAUUUUAGCGACUUAUUACCCACUGAUGGAAUUUUGAAGAGGUCUGAUGAAUAUGUUUCACAAGAAUCAAACCUUAAUGACCUCAUGUCUGGUGUCGCUGAUUCUCAUCAUCUAGUCAGUCCUAGUGGACCCUCUACCCAAUGCGGGAAGUAUGCUUUAAAUAGAAUCAGACUAACUGUUACUUGGGUAUAUGAGGACCCAACGCUAUUUCGCGGGGGAGGACGGACGCAGAAAAUGUUAAAAUCCGGAUCUUUCAAAAAAAGAAGGGGAGGUGUUAGGAUAGUCGGAAAAAUAUACCAAUAAUUAUCGUGUUAAGUCUAUGGUGGCCUUGGACCUUAAAUGUACACUCCCUAUUGGUCGGUAUUUGUUCCACUUGUUAAAUAUUGUGUAAAUGUUGUUUUCUAUUUUAUGGUACGAUGUGGUUUGUGUGGUUAGUUUAUAAAUAAAGUAUGUCUGAAAUACAAUGAUUCAUAUCUCCGAGGCUGUGACUUGUGUUCUGGACUCAACUGGCUGGGACAGACAGCGAAGCGGGACCAAUCAGGGCACUAGGUUGUUCGUACGUGUUUACGUGUCCACUGUAACCGAUCGGUAAAACGCUGCUCAUCAUAACCUGCAGUCACACACAUUACAACAAAAACAUAAGUGACAUGGCUGUAUUCAUUAUUUUUUUCUAAAUCCGAAGGUUUAAUAUUACGUCAAACUUUUUGUUCGUUAUUAGGAUUUAUAAUUUUCGAACUAAAUUUUCUAUAUUUUACUGUUAAUGUCAUUGAUACGACUGUUGCUUUCAUUUCUUUUUUUUUCUUGGACUGCACUGUUGUGAAGUAUGACGACCUUAUGGAAGGUUGUAGGUGGUCUGUGAUUGAAUCGUCUUUUGUCUUAUUUGAAAAAGACUGCCGUCAUUGUGUUUGGGCUAGAAAAAAUAUGUUAUUCUUAAUAUAUUUGUCCAAGUUGUUAUUUAUAUAAACUUUUUCGAUCAGUUAUAUUCACAUUAACUGUAUUUACCCCAGUAGUUAUUUCUAAUGUACCCUAAUGUAGUCUUGUGAAUGAACCUAUUGAAACAAUCCUUUUAUCAAAAUUUUAUUUUUAUCAGUAAUUUUUAUUUAAAAACACUGUAUUCUCUAACAUCUACAUAAAAAUGUACAUAUUUAGAUUACCAUUUAGUAGAUUUGGUAAAUUAGGCACAGAUGACUGUUCGAGCGCAAAACAAUAGGUAACUUAAAUAUAGUUCAUGUCUAAUUACUACUUGAAUCUCUUAGCUCAAUUGUUAGAUCGAUUUGAUCUUUGAAGCUAGAUCUUUGUCAAAAAUUCUUCUGUAUUUUUUGUUGUCAUCUUGUAAAGAGAAAGCAACUUAAUUAUGAUAUGGUUUCGGACAUCUUUGGAUAGUGAACCAUUGAAAAGCAGGGAGCUAUUGAUAGCUAUUUCAUCCUAGUAAUAGGAUUUCUUACGAGGCGGUUCCACAACUUCACUAUGAAUCGAGGCCAGAACUUUCAGACCUUGCUGUUAGUGCCUUACCUUUAAUCUACCAUGUUGAAAUUCAAUGAUGCGAAUCCUUAUCUUCACUCACUCCGUGAUAAAUCAUUGUAAUUUGUUCGCUGAGAGACAGUGAGAGCCUAGGCUUUCAGUGAUUUGUCAGUUUCAAUCAAUCCGUUUGUUUAUUUUCUCAUUUUUAGUUAUUCUGAACUGAUACUAGGACUGUUGCAAUGGGCUGUACGAAUUUAUUGUAAUCAACCUACAUCAUUCUUUACAGAUCACUGUGGUACAACUUUACAGUCAGAUGUCGAUACAGAUUUAUCUAGGAUCUUAUCUCUUUUACAUGAUUUGACCCCAAAUAAUUCCCCCUCCCUUGCUUAUCCAACACUCACACCAUUGGGUUCAGCUAUUCUGUACGAACAGGUUGUAACAACGAAGCUCUUAGUAGUAUGGGAUCCAGAUGCUCUUCAUAAACCUUGUUUAUAUAAUUCAUUAUCAUCGUGUUCAAAAUUGGGUGAUGAGUUUACGCCAGAAAAAUUAGCAUUGGUUAUCAAAAGUGAAUCUAUGCAAAAGUGUAUUGAACAAUUAGAAGUACAAUAUUUUUCAUCAAAUGCACAAAAUUAUGCAACAGAUACUGUUAGAACUAAAUUAGAAAGACUUAUUAAUUAUACGGAAACAUUUUCACUACCAAAUCAUAUUGAUCUAACGGAAAUUGAUGUUAAUACAAAACCGUCGUCAUUUACACAAUCGAAUAUGAUUAAGGUAGACUAUUCAAAGCAAAAUUAUAGUCUAGACGUAUCUAUUGAUGAUGAUGAUAUUCCAGGAGAAGAAUCACUUUAUCACUCCACAUCGUUACAUAAUAUCUGUAGUACAAGUUAUCAUUCAAAAAUUUUAAAGUCUUUACCAACACCAGCAGCCAAUCAGUUUGUAGAUAAUUCAGACAAUUUUAAAUAUGCAGUCGAGAAUAACAACAAUUCGUUCGAUACUCAUCAUCAACUUUAUGAGGAUGACAUUACUUUGAAUUCAAAUGUAAAACGUAAAAAUAUAUGUACCUGGCGUAAACAAACAUACAAUCGACGUCAUCAUUGUCAUAAUGGUCGUUUAGAUUCAACUUCUCUUUAUGCUAGUGUAACAAAUUUAAUGAAUGAUGAUCAUUCUCAAAUGUUUUGUUUAGCUGACAGAAUAAUUGAAGCUAUGCCUAGGCGUAUUGUUAAUCUUCAUAAUCAAAAUUGUGAUGAUCUGCUAUCAACCCAUGUAGAUUAUGAUAAUAAUUAUAAUGGUGAAGAGUCCCAUUCUUCUUCUAUCCAGUUUUCUGAUUCAGCUUUAGGUGAAAGUAUUGCUUUGAGUCGAGCACCAGUUGACCAACUCAAAUCACAUUCUUCAUUGUUGCAUUAUGAACCAUUCACUUUAGCCACUAAUACUAAUUCUAUUACUAACCCUAUUCAGCUAACAAAUAAUGAUGAUACAAACAAAUAUUCAGUUAAAAUCUUUCCAAAUAUAACAACAAAAUCAUUUAGUAAUAAUCAUAAAAAUAAUAAAUCAAUUGGUUCAUUUAAUUCACUUCCAUCGAAACGACCUUAUCGUGAUAAAUAUUUGACAUUAUAUAACAGUUUUAGAUAUCGUGGUGUUGGCAUCGAUGAUUAUCCAGAGAAUAAAGUGAAUCAUCAGUUAAAAAGUGCUUUACUUAGUUUUCAUGAACCUUUGAGAAGAAGAUCAUAUUUUACUCCUCCUAUUCAAAAAAAUAAAAGUAAAUUGAAAACUUUCAAUGAUGAUGAUGAAAUCAGUGUUGAAUUGAAUUCUCAUGAAACUGGAGUUAUCACGUCAAAUUCAAUGUUCGAUACACCUUUUAGUUCUACUAGUUUUAUGAGUUCAGAUUUAAAUAAUGAAAAUGAUUUUGAUGUACUUCGAUAUGAUCGUCAAGGGAAAUCAUUAAGCGCUUUCAGUUUAAAUAGUCCACCACCGUCUACAGCACAAAUUGCUGAACAUUUUAAUGCAGUACCAGGAAAAUUUAUGGAAACUGACUUAAGUAGAUUAACUCUAUCGGAUAUGGAACAGAAACGUUUAUACGAAGCAGCCAAAAUUAUACAGAAAUAUUAUCGAGCUUAUAAAAAACACAAUCAGUCGGCGAUUAUUCAAAAUAAUAAGAAGAAAUUGUCCAAUACAUUUAUACCUAAUCAUAUUUUAUGCUCUUCAUCAAACCAUGAUUAUACUACUGAAACAGAUUUAAGUACUUUUGAUAAAUCCUUAUCCAAUAAUAAUGCUUAUUCAAAAAGUGUGUGUGAUGUUAACAACACGCAUCAGAUUGUACACCAACUUCAGCAGAAUAGCAAUACUUUCAUCUCUCUAACUGAUAAACAAGAAUGGAAUAAUGAUGUUUUACUGGGUUUCGAAAAUGAUACAUCUGUAGGCCUUGAAGUGGAAAUAGAAACAUCAUACGAUAAUACAAUAACCAAUGAUAAUGAUAAUUCAUAUCAAGUUCAGUCUAUUCAGUCUGGUCAAUUGUCUUUACCUGGAGAAACAAAUUCCAAUUGUUGUUUGAAAACAACAACUAACUUUUCCAAUUGUAUCUCAACUUCAAUACAAUCAUUGAAUUCACCACAACCAUCAAUGACUUCAUCAUCCAGUGGGCCAUGUAAUAAAGAAAUUGAGGCUGCAAUUAUUAUUCAAAGUUAUUAUAGACGUUAUAAACAGUAUGCAUAUUAUAAACGAUUAUGUCAAGCUGCACUUUUAAUUCAAAAUCGAUAUCGUUGGUAUGUAGAUCGAAAGAAGAAUAGUAAUAGCGCGGGAGUUUCAGCUGGUCAUAAACUUAGAAAACCUAGAUCAAGUCAAUGUAAUAAUCCACGAUACAGGUCAGUAUGUACACGAAAACCAAAGGUGAAUAAUAACACAGGUGGUGAAGUAAAUAUUGGUGUUCGUCUCCGAAAACCUAUUGUCUCAAUUUCCGGAUGCAUAAGACAUCGAUCCGCUACCCGGUUAUCUUCAUUCAACAACACUCCUUAUAUCCCUUUAAUCAAUUCACAUCAUGUAAAUUCACCUUCAAGAUUUAUUUGUUUUGAAGAGCAUUUAAUUGAAUCCUAUGAUAAUCAUUCACAACGUUUUUCAAAUAAUUCAUCUAUUGUUUAAAUGAUAGUAAUGUUUAUACUUAGUUCAAUGUUUAUGUUAUCGCUAUUUGUGUGUUGUAUUGACAUUGUUCAUUUCAUUCGAUGAGGGCCUUUGUGCUUUAAACUUAUUUAAUUUUCAUUCAUUUUGAUAUACAUGUUAUGCAAUUGUUACAAAGAUGAUUUUUAUUCAUUUAUUUACUUUUCCUCUAUUUUCCGACAAUUUGCUCACAGGUGAUAAAAUUAAUUUUCAUUUCUCUCGAGACAAUAAUAAUAACAAUGAUAGAAAUAUAAUAUUAUUUCAAUUAGUUAUGACAGCUAUAUUUUUGUUCAUGUUUGUUUGCCUUUUGCCAGCCGUUUUUUUUUUUCAUUUUUAGUUUCUCUUCAUCCUGAAUUUACUUAAUCGUAUUUCGACUCUGUCGUUUCUGCAUAACUUCUUUCCAUCAAAUCGUGAUCUCAAAGACAACUUUACUCAUGAUUUAUCUUGUCAGUUUUAUUCUUCUUUCACUCAUGUGUCUAACAUUUUCAUCUUGAUGGACACAAGAAAUCGAUACAUGUACUUACGCCUGUUACCCUUUGUGGGGGAUCAUAGGUCACCCACCAGCAUUCUCCAUAGAACUCUGUCCUGGACACACGUACACACAGUAACAAUAGCACCAUUAUUGACACUUGGCUUUGUGGUUUUGCUUUCAGGUUAUUUUGUUUAUAUUUAUGUUCUUAGUAUUUCUUUAACUAUUAUUGUAACCUAGUCUUUCCUCUGAAAAAGACUCAUUUUCCUUAUUCAUUUAUAGAUAAUUGAUUACACCCACGCACAAGUGAUGAAAACCACUGUUUUUAGAAAUAAUUAUCUACUCACAGCCGUCGACUUCCUAUUUAUCUUUGUUAUUAUUAAAAUUAUUGCUUUUUGCUAAUUUACUUGAACAGAUGAAGCAACCUAGAAAAAAAAGAUCAUAAUAUUUAUUUAUUAUUGAAUGCGUCAAUGUUUACCUUUUAGUUUUCUUUUAAUUGACAGACUGGUUUGUAUGAUUUAAAACUGUAUCUAUAUGACACCAUCAGUUGUUGAUCAGUCAAUCAGUCAUAUACAACGCAGGACCAGGAACAUAUAUACAUCGGUCCAAGUUGCCAUACCUCAUUAGCACAACAAGAUGAACACCCAAUUCAUAGAAGCAGUUAUUUCAAUAGUAAUAAUAUAUAAUAAAAGGAUUGCAUAUAAGGAUAUGAUUUAGGGAGAAAUAUUUAGUGGUUCAACUAUCUCAGUCGAUGAAUAUCCACAACAUCAUCAAAUGUUUUAUAAUCAAUCACUGGCAUCUUUCGUUUAGCUUCACCAUUACUUACCCGGCAGAUGCUGGCAAUAUUUCUAAGAUAUAUGUGAUCAAGUGCUAGAAAAUUACGAAUAUCCUCUACCCUUAAUUGCCACGUUUUGCAGCCGUAAUGUAGAACAGAAUAAACUGCGUACGUUUAUUGAUAUAAGGAUAUUUCUACUUCGACAUCGGUAACGUAAGUUAGCAAAAGCCAAACGAGCUUUUUGAAUCCGUGCAGAGAUUUAGUCAGACACCAACCAAUUAAGGUUGAUCAGACCUUCAAGAUAAGUGAAGUUGUCGACGCGUUCGUCUACUUCACUCUCUAUUCUUAGUUCAGGUGUUGAUGCAGGCCAGUAUUGAUGCAACAAAUUGCGUUUAGAGGGGAAAGAAAUGAAUUCCAAACAUCCUGGCAUUGUUGCUCAAUGCUACCGAAGACUGUAUUUUAUCAGCGUCUUCACCAAACAGGUCUUUGUCAUCUGCGAAUAUUCUGACGGCGGGAACGCUAUUUCCAGCAGUAGGUCUGUGAUGAAACUAAACAAAAAUGGAGGUAAAGAACAGCCUUGUCGGACACCACUUGAGGUUGCGAAAUCAGAUGACAGUUCGCCAUAAGCUCUGGCUCGACUGGUAGUGUUCAAGUAAAGAUCCCUCACAAGAUUUAUGUAUUUUUGAGACACUGCCACAGACCUUUUCGGUCUACACAGUCAAAUGCCACUUCUAAUCGAGAGAACUAUCCUUGUCGGACAUCGAUAAGCAUUCCUGUGUUCUAAGAUCUGACGAAUGCUGAACAUGUGGUCGAUGCCGCCACGACCAGAUCUGAAGCCAGCCUGUUUUUUGGUGUUUGCAGUUCACGAGUCUUAGGCGCCCGAUAAUCAUUGAGGCUGGUAUUUUAGAUGGUAUAUUAGUCAAACUAAUCCCUCUAUGGUUGUCAAAGGAUGAUUUUGACCCUUAUAUAUUGAGACUAGUAAGGUGGUAUUACGUCCAACUCCCAGAUUUUAGCUAAAAUAUCAGUUAACCCAACCAUUAAAACGACUACCAUACAUAAAAACCUCUGGGGUUAAUCCAUGUUACAUUCCGGCUGUUUGAAAAUAGUGGGUAGAUGCAGAGUAACUGAACUGCUCCUUAGUGUUUCGCCCAUCGUUUUAAAAGUCGGGAAUGAAAGCAGAUAAGGGUCACCUUUUUCCGAGAUUGUUUCACUAACAAUUAACUUUUUAUUCGAGUUUCUUUUAUUAGUCUGAAGAGCUGUCUUGCGUUACCUACAGUCACUGCCUUUCGUCGCGUACCACUGUUCACGGUCGUUCCUUAGACUUUUGGUUAACAAAAAUUUCCUCUCUUUCCGCUCUUCAUUGUGUUCAGAGCCCGAUGGGAUGAGUUUACAAGAAUGCAUCAGUACAAUAGACUUAGUAGAGUAGUUUUUCGUGACCCUUUGGUUCAAGUCACUAAUAGAUGUCGCUGCUGUUCGUAUAUCUUUCGAAACAACAUCUUGUUUCCAGAACUGCCUAAGUGUGACUUUACUUAUUCCUGAGUUCAACUCGAAUAGGUCUUCUUACUGUGGCUUUUCUGUGUCCAGUGAGGCACAAGCAAAUGUGUGCCCGUAUUAGAGCAUGACCAGGGUCUAAAAUGUAUUGUAGAACGAGAGGCAGUCUUCCACCAAGUCUCUACGUCAUUGGCAUGGUGCAAGAUGUCGCCAUCUUAGAUGAUGUCUUUCCUUAUGCUUAAACUUAGCGGGUCAGGAAUGAACUGUUGUCUGAGCACAGUUGCAGCAGAUAUCACCAUUAUCUGUUCGCUGAGCCGGAAUAAGAAAAUACCCACUGAAAUGUCUUUCUGUUUGGUUUAAGCUACUUAAUUAGGCAUUAAAAUCACCGAGUACUAUGUCUAAGUGCUUAGCCUUUAGAAGAAUCUCAAAAAGCUUUCUGUAAAACUCACCUUUCACUUCAUCAGGGCAGCAGUCAGUGGGAGCGUAGGCAGAAGUGAAAUAAAGGCAACGACGUGCUUCCGAGUUCUUAAGAAACCGUACAGCACAUACGUGACUGUCAACAGGGAUCUAUUCCAACAGUGCUUGUUCUGCCCUCAUACUUAGUGCUAUGCCUACACCCGCCACACCACUAAAAUUUUCAGUCAAGUCGCCAAACUCGUCGGCUCUCCGUUUUGGCUAAGUGAGAUCAAGUGAAUAAUCACACUAAUAUCCUGUGUGCGUGUUUUAGAGACAUAGGAUACAUAAACGUUGUUAGACUCCAGAGAGGGCAGUAUCGUCGUUAUGCUGAUUGUCUGAGGGAAACACCUUAAUGCCGAUACACCUCUCUACAGUCAGUAGUACGACUUCGUCCUCGGACGUUGAGUUUGUGGCUUUUAGUUUUGCCGUUCUUUAACCGAUCUACCUGGCAUGGUAGAAUCUUGAGGAACGAUUGUUCUAGAAAAUAUAGCACAAUUAAUUCAUCACAACAGGCAAGCCCGACCAUCACAUGAACGUAGCAGCAGCAGUAGAAAAAAUGAUAUGAUAUCAUGCGUAGUCGUUCUAUUUUACAGACAAUAGUAUCGAACUAUAUGUAGUAAUGUCCAAGUUCAAGCUGCUACAUUGUAUGCAGUGGCCAUAUGAGAAAGAAAUCAACAAAGCCAUGAAAAGACAAGUAGAACAGAGCGAAUAGAUGUGAAUUUAUUCUUUACUAUUAUUUUCAACCCUGAGGUGGUCCUUUCUGGAUACUCGUCACAAAUAGUUUCAUAGCCAACUAAUCAUCUAAAAAAUCCUUAUUAACAAAUUCUCUUAGGAGUUAACCAGGUGAAAUUAUAUAUUAACAUCAUGGAGAAGUCAUACGUGGAAAUUAUAAUCUAUUUCCGUAUUCAUUUCUUUUUGUGGUUACAAAUUUCAGGACAACCAUCGUUUUGUUCAACAUUGCAAAUACACUUUGCCGACGAGUAUCAACAAGAACAAAUCCUAGAUACAUUGCUUCCUACUACUAAUUACCUUCCACUGAUUGACAUGAAAUCUAUAACCUGAUGAAAAUUAAAACAAUAUUUUGUAGAUAAGAAUAAAUAAAUAUCCAUAUUUGUUCAACACAACACUUCAUCGUUAUGAUUUGUCAAUACACAGCAAAUAAGAUGAUGAAUAUCAUUAAAAUAAAAUAUUUUUUCAUAUUAUAUAAUGCAUUAUGACAGAAAUAAGAACCUAUAAUGUUUUCACGUAAGUUUCUAACAUUCAGUGAAAGAAGACAAAUUCGACACUGAAUAAAUAUCAUCAGUACAUUUAAAUGUAAAAAAAAAAAAAUAAACGAAAAGCCAAAACGCAAACUUCUCUUAACAACAGCAACAACAACACCGACAAUAAAAACAAUAACAAUCUAAAUAAUUAUCACAAUAAGAGAAAAUUUAUUAUACAUACAGCCAGUCAAAUGUUUACACAAAGAAUUUUGAAAUACAUAAAGUUCACAUGAUGAUGUGAUGUAGUUUUUUCUGCUUUUAGCGAAAGACAAUGAAAACACAUAGUAUACACAAAUUUUAUGUGUAUUAUACUAUAGGGAAGACCACAUAUAAUUGUGGGCAUCAUCCAACGUGAAAUAAUCCAUUAAAUUAGAAAUAUUUCAGAAAGAUAUAUUUCUUUUCCGUCACGUUAUUGACCAAAUAAUAAUAAUAAUAAUACUCAUAAAUUAAAAUUAUACUGAGAUAAUAAAUGAGGUGAUCCAGUCAACAUUAACAACAAUAAACCUAAUUCAAUCAAUAUAGAUUCGUUGUUUCCACUUCUUACAUUCAAUAAUGAUUGUAGACAAAUUCAUUGAAGAUAGAGAACAAAAGUUAGAAGAAAGAAAGAAAGCAAAAAUAUUUUUAAAAAAGGUGGAAGAGAAGGCAAUAUAAUUUAACCGGAUAAAAUGCAUAUCAAUUAAUAUCAAUCAUAAGAAUCACUAUUAUAAGUGAUAAUUAUAUCAAAGAACUUAACAACUAUUUCUAUGACAGAAGAAGCAACAAAGCUAGAAGAACAUAAAUUAAACAAAUAAGACAAAAACAAAAUGAAAUGAUCAUCAUUUGAGAUCAUAUAGAUACAUACAAAUGAUAGAUAUUGACUUAUAAUUAAGUUUAUAACGAAGUUGAAUAAUUAUAUUAUAUUAUAAACGUGAUGAUAAUUAUCAUUAUUGAUUUAUGUAUAAUUACUGAAAUCUGUUUUCAAUUUAAUCGAUGAUAAAUUCGAUUGAGGAUUAUGUUUCAGAAUUGUUUGAUUGUUAUGAAUGAAUG